UUGCAUUUGCGUAGCUUUCCGAUCCGACGGUCGACUAUAUAAGCCCGGUUCCCACUAUCCAAAAUCAUCAGUUUAUCUCAAUCGAAACAAUCCAGAAUCAAUAUGAAAUUCUUCUCCGUCGUCGCCGUCUUCGUACUCGGUCUGCUGGCUGUGGCCAACGCUGUUCCACUGUCGCCCGAUCCAGGAAACGUGAUCAUCAACGGCGACUGCAAGUACUGCAAUGUGCGCGGUGGAAAGUAGGAAGAUUCUUGUCCAAGGAUCGAGACCAUUUAUCCUGAAGUCACACAUAGAAUUUAUAAUGCCAAACAAACAAAUACAUAAAAAGAGAGGAAUUUACUACGUUUUACACAAGAAAAGAAAACA